AGGGACUUAAGUGUAAUUAUCCCCCUUGUUUUAGGGCUUACAAUCAUCCUAUCAUCAUAUAUAAAAAGCCAUCAAAAGCAGGGAGGGUCAGAACUUGUCACUUCGAUUUCAAGGGCACAACAAAGGGGAUUGUUUUGAAUUGGGGAAAACAUGAGUAGGCCUGUUUUCUGCGGAAAUUUCGAGUACGAAACUCGCCAAUCGGACCUGGAGCGUUUGUUUUCCAAGUACGGGAGGGUCGAGCGCGUCGACAUGAAAUCUGGCUACGCAUUUGUUUACUUUGAAGAUGAGCGUGAUGCUAGAGACGCCAUCCGUGCUCUUGACCAUUAUCCAUUUGGAUAUGACAGGCGCAAGUUGUCAGUGGAGUGGGCUAAGGGCGAACGUGGCAGGCACCGUGAUGGCUCUAAAUCUGUAGCUAAUCAGAGGCCAACUAAAACAUUGUUUGUCAUAAACUUUGAUCCUAUACGCACAAGGGUCCAGGAUGUUGAGAGACACUUUGAUGUUUAUGGGAAAGUUCUCAAUGUUAGAAUUCGACGCAACUUUGCAUUUGUGCAGUUUGAAACACAAGAGGAAGCCACAAAAGCUUUACAGUGUACCCACAUGAGUAAGAUACUGGAUAGGGUGGUAUCUGUUGAAUAUGCAUUGAGGGAUGAUGGUGAAAGAGGAGACAGAUAUGAUAGUCCUAAAAGAAACUAUGGGAGGCAUGCAGAUAGUCCUUACAGGAGGUCACCAAGUCCAGUGGGGCGCAGAGGUCGUCCGAGUCCCGAUUAUGGCCGUCGUGCAAGUCCUGAUUAUGGCCGUCGUGCAAGUCCCGAUUAUGGCCGUCGUGUAAGUCCCGAUUAUGGCCAUCGUGUAAGUCCUGAUUAUGGCCGUCCUCGUAGUCCAGCAUAUGACAAGUACCGCGGUCCAUCUUAUGAUAGACACAGGAGCCCUGAAUAUGAAAAAUUUCGCAGCCGAUCUCCUGUCAGGAGGUAGAUGAGUGAAAAGACAUCCAGUUCUAGGGGACAUUGGGCAAGCAAUAUGUGCUGUCUGCUAGCCGUUUGAUAGUCAAUUAUUAUUGUGUAGGGAAAGAAAAGCUGUACUAUCGUUUUUUACUUUUGUGGUUUUUAUUAGAUCUUUAUCAAGUUGUUGAAAUGAUGUGAAGUGGCUAGACUUGUGCUCAUGCAUGUUAAAAACUACCAUCCAUGAAUGACUUUCAACUAAGUAUGAAGUUUGAGAACAGUUGUGUUUUA